AUCAUUCGACUAUCGCGAAAAUCUGACCGUUUGCCAUGUCAGCUGCGGUUGGACGGACUAGAGCCAACUCCGGUUGUUGAGCAGGGUGGAUCUGCAACUAUCUUUACAGCGUCUUAUAACCAUCAAGCUGUUGCUAUCAAGCGAUCGCACCUGCCAUCCAUAGCGCACAAAGUGAGCAGUUUACCAUCCGACUUUGUGAGCGAGGCAGUGAUUUGGAGUCACUUGAAACACGAGAAUAUCGUGCCAUUUAUGGGAGUCAUAGACAAAGACUAUAGGUUGUGGCUUGUUUCGGAAUGCAUGUACAGUGGUAACGUAAAUACGGGCAGGGAGAACUGCGAUCUUCGGCAUCUGGUACGUUAUAUCAUUCGAGCUGCAAAAGGUCUUUGCUACCUGCAUACUUUCGAUCCGCCUAUCGUUCAUGGUGAUCUCAAGGGAUGUAAUAUCAUGGUCGACAGACGAGGGAACGCUUGCCUGACCGACUUCGGAAUCUCGGGAUCUGAUGAUACACGUCAAGGUUUGGAUUCUACCAAUGUCGGCCGCCGAGAAACGCCUAAUUGGAUUGCCCCAGAGCUUAUUUUCUUUGGAAAUUCGGAAACUAUGCGCAUGGAAGUCGGCAUGUAUAUGCAUUUGCUUCAAGUUGUGUGCUAUAUAAGGCAAGUGGUUUUGUCCUGUUCAAGUCAUCAGACUCAUUACUCCCUGCCUUCACCUCACUUUAGAUCUAUACCGGAGGCAUCCCAUAUCACGGAGAGAAUAUAA